AUGCAGCGUUAUAUCUUGGUCACCACGAAAGGUUGUUUGUCUCGUUACGAAGGCGUCACACAUAAACCAAUACUGAUUAACGCCAUCAACGCCAGACUUCAUCCCAGAGCCCUAUCUUUGAAACAGAUUUCGGUACGAUGGAACGCUCAGAAACACACUCCUAACAAGCCCAAUGCUCAGAAUAGCAACGAAUUUACUUUCACUACGUCAGGUCAAAAGACUCUUUUUAAUGGCAAGUCGAAUUUGCAUCCCUUCAAGUUCAUCACGGAGAGAGACAGAAUGCUAGUGCAAGCCACGGGCCUGCUUCAAAAACUUAGAAUAAAUUUGAAGUGGACCCUUACCAGAUCAAUGAAACCGUUCAACUCCGAUGAUAUAAGUGCAUUUAUCUCAUGGAUUCUAGUCAGCAACGUGAUUCUGAUUAUCCUGGGAACCACAACGUUCGCAUCGUUAAUAAUAUACUUGGUCAAUACGGUGUUCGCGCAAGAAUACGUAGCGACACAAGUCGGAAACCUUUUGACGAAAAACAGCUCCGUCUCUGUGGUGUUCGAGAGUGCCAUUGUUCCCGAUUGGUCGUCUCGCAAAAUUUGUUUCAACAAUGUCUUCGUUUCUCGCAGACCGAAGGUAUCGCAUAGUUUUACGAAGGGUUCUCAAAAUGAGGCUGCAGAAAGAGCCAAACUGGCCAUAACAGAGAAACUGCUUGUCAGUAGAGAGGAUUUCGACGAUGGCAACUAUGCACAAUUCGAUUUGACCAUGGACCAGGUCGAAAUAUCUCUAAGUUUUAGCAAGUGGAUAAACGGGCGCGGUAUCUUAGACGAGGUUACUAUAAAUGGACUGCGGGGGGUGGUAGAUCGUACUCAUGUUAUGUGGAAGGAAAACGAUGACCCAAGAAACUAUUUGAACGUCCACCAGCCCGGAGACUUUGAGAUUUCCAGAUUCGAAAUGAACGAUUUCUUGAUCACACUGUAUCAGCCUAACGGUUUCCGUCCGUUCCAGGUAAGUGUGUUCAAUUGCGAGCUUCCACAGCUUCGCAAGCACUGGCUAUUUUUCGAUCUCUUGAACGCGAACAAUAUCAGCGGAACCUAUGACAACUCUUUGUUUUCGAUUCACAAGAAGUAUAAGGCGGACGACUCGCCAAACAAUGCGUCGCCAUGGAAAAAAGUGACUCGCAUGCGAGUGGACAACCUGGACAUAGACCAUCUGAACGCCGGCGUCGAGGGGCCCUUUGGCUGGAUCACAGAGGGGCAGGUUGACAUGAUUGGUGACAUUUUACUUCCUGACAAGGAUCCGGACGCGCUGCAAUUGAGCGAAAUGUUCACGGUCAUCGGACAGCGACUGCUGAAAGAGGCACAGCGGCACUCAGCGUUGUUACUUCCAGAACCAUACCAGGUGCCACAACAGAAAGACAUCGACCCACAGCAGUACUUCAUCAUGGAUUUUUUCCUAAGGCUGCACAAUGUCACUGCUGAGGUCCCACUGUUCGACAACGCCCUCAGCCAUAUCAACAGCGCGCUAAUAAGGCCUAUUGUGGGUUACAUCAACUCCAGACGCACCUACAUCCCGAUCAAGUGUCAAGUUGUCAAAGAAAUGUCAGAUUUCGAAGGUUCCUGGACCAUUUACGACUGUCGGCUUAUGGACGAUCUAAGUGCAGAAGUUUACGACGCUUUUGCUGACUACGCGGCCGACGAUGACCGUAAAAAUCUACGUUUGAAGAGAAUAGGUUUUUGGUCGCUACAAUUGCUGGCUCAAUUGGUGUUGUUGAGCUUGGGAUCCAUCGCUUGA